AUGACAAUGACCGCCGCGCACCCGCCGCUAACGCCGCCGACCCUCUCCCUCUCAACCGAUCGCUCAGAGCAACAUUCCUGCCCCUCCUGCGGCGUCGUCCUCGAAGCGCCCCCCGCCCUUCUCGAAGCCCAGUCCCGCAUCGCCGACCUCGAAGCUCAGGUCCGCCUCCUCAACCAAAAGGCCGCCGCCGCCGUCGACCGCUGGGCCGACUACGAAGACGAACUCACACGCCUGCGAGUCGCCGCAUCCCACCGAACCUCCACCGCCGCCGCCUUGCCCGGUCUCUUACCCUCGCUGCCUCUCGCUCCCAGUCCCUCGCCCACCCGCACCAGCUUCCUGAGCGGCGGGGCGAACAGAUUGUCACAGCUGCUCAGCCCGCGGGGCAUGAAGUCCUCGCCGAACCUGCGCACGCCCUCGCCGCCGCCUGAAGGCCCCGCAUCGACGGAGGAUCUGCGGGAGGCGCUGGGAAGGGAGCAGAAGAUGAGGAUGGCGGCGGAGAGCAGGCUGAGCACGACGAGCCAGGAGGUGGAGGAGUUGAGCGUCAGUUUAUUCGAACAGGCCAACGAAAUGGUCGCGACGGAGCGGCGGGCGCGGGCGAAGCUCGAGGAGCGGGUCGAGACGCUGGAGAAGCGAGAUAAGGAUAAGCUGAGGCGGUUGGAUCGGCUCGAGGGGGCCGUAGGGCGCAUCGAAAGGGUGAGGUCGCUGCUGGGGGAGAUGAAUGCCAAGGAUGAGGGCGUGAGGGAGGCGGCUGAGCAGAAGAGGGCUUCGCAGCCGUGA